UGCUAGCACCCAACAGGAUCUGCAGUCAUCUGCUCUUCAGGAGGUUUAUAUGUUUAUGCCAUAUUGUUGGAGAAAAAGUUUGUAUUAAUUGCAGAUUUUAUUCAGUUUCAGUUUCAUGCAUAUAGUUUGGUAGGCUCAGUUUGAUGGAACAUUUAUGAUAUUUUUAGACCCUGUGAUUUUCUUUCUCCUUCACCUCCCAGCCUGUGGGGGCGCUGUACCACUGGAGCAAAUGACACAAAAAUCUCCAAAGAAGACCGAGUGAAACUUCCUACUUCACAAAAUGCAAACAAACCUGGAGUCAGAUUUCAGCAGUUGGAGGAUUUCUCUUUCGUCUUUGACUGAAGACUCAGGAUGCAGAUUUUCCACCAUUUUGGUUUUUGUCUGCAGAACCCGAAGCUGUUGAAUCAUCGUUACCUGACAUGGCGGAGAGGAAAUUCGACGGCUUCAGAUGGUGCUGGACGGUCGCACUCAUUCUUCUGUGCAACCUAACAACAUUCCUGGUGAGGGCCAGCAUGGAAGUGAAUAAAAGCCAGCAGCAGCAUCCCAACAAUGUCUACCACGACUUUGGGAUCACCAGGAACAAGAUUGUCACGGCGCAGUUCGAGUGCUACCAGAAGAUUAUGAAGGACAACACAAACGGCCGACAUGAGCCCAUGUGUAACCGGACCUGGGAUGGAUGGCUGUGCUGGGACGACACUCAAGCCGGAGUCACGUCGGAGCAGCACUGCCCCGACUACUUCCAGGAUUUCGAUCCUUCUGAAAUGGUGACAAAGAUUUGCACCGACAGCGGUCAGUGGUUUGUUCACCCUGAGAGCAACCGGACGUGGACUAACUACACGCGCUGCAACGAACACACCAACGAAGGAAUCGUGACUGCAAUGAAUCAUUUCUACCUGACGCUCAUUGGACAUGGACUCUCCCUGGUCUCUCUCUUCAUCUCACUGGCCAUUUUCUUCCAUUUCAAAAGUCUGAGUUGCCAGAGGAUUACGCUUCACAAGAACCUUUUCUUCUCUUUUGUUCUGAACUCUGUCAUCACUAUCAUUUGGCUAACUGCAGUGGCUAACAACCGGGAGCUGGUGCAAAGAAAUCCAAUGAGCUGCAAAGUGUCCCAGUUUAUCCACCUUUACCUGUUUGGCUGUAAUUACUUCUGGAUGCUGUGUGAAGGGAUUUACCUUCACACGCUCAUCGUGGUGGCCGUGUUCGCCGAGAAGCAGCACCUCAUGUGGUAUUACCUGCUUGGCUGGGGCUUUCCUCUGAUUCCUGCGUCCAUCCACGCCGUCGCUCGGAGUUACUACUACAACGAUAACUGCUGGAUCAGCUCCAAAACGUCGCUGCUCUACAUCAUCCACGGCCCCAUAUGCGCAGCUCUGCUGGUCAACCUGUUCUUCCUGCUGAACAUCGUCCGGGUUCUGAUCACCAAGCUGAAGGUGACGCACCAGGCCGAGUCCAGCCUGUACAUGAAGGCGGUCCGAGCCACGCUCAUCCUGGUUCCUCUGCUGGGGAUCGAGUUCGUCCUGCUGCCCUACAAACCCGAAGGACGCGUCUCCUCCGAAAUAUACGACUACAUCAUGCACAUCCUGAUGCACUACCAGGGUCUGCUGGUGGCAACCAUCUUCUGCUUCUUCAACGGAGAGGUCCAGGCGGUUCUGAGGCGGCACUGGAACCAGCACCACAUCCAGUUCGGCAGCAGCAUCGGGAACCACUCGGACGCGCUGCGCUCGGCCUCCUACACGGCGUCCUCCAUCAUCGAGGUGCAGGGCUGCUACUCCAUCGACGGCCACACGGAGCACAUGAACGGGAAGAGCUUCCAGGACGCCGACGUCGCCGUCCUGAAGGCGGACAGCACCUUCGCCUGACGCCCGGCGCUGCCGAGCGGCGAACCGGCCGCGGGAACGCUCGCUCGCCCGGGCGAGGUGAGCGCGGCGCCGCGCCUCCGAUUGGACGCCGUCACGUUGUCUUAGCGACUGCUGGUUCACUGCGUGACUGAAGCCGGUCGGUUUCACUGUAAAAACACAAACUGCCAAAUCCAACCGUCCGUUUCUGGAGAAACGUGGAUUCCAGUCCAACGAAGCGCCGCCGCCGUCGUGUUUCUGUCAGAACCGCUGCAGAUGGAGAAAAGGAACACGCGUCUGGAAAAGAAAGAAAAAUACAUUUUGAGACUUUUUGGAAAAAAUAAGAAAAUUCCCUCAAAACGUUUGAAAUUUGCAAAGAAAAAAAAAGUUGAAAAAUUUUGAUUUUACAAGUUCAGAAAAUUUCCAGGUUCAUCUCAAAGUUUGAGAUUUUUUUCUCAAAUUGUUGAUAUUUUCAUGAUUCUUCUAGAAAAUGAAUCAGUUUGAGUUUUUUUCAGACAUGCUCUCCGUUACUUCCUGAUCCGCUGUCGUUCGCUUCCAUUGAUCCGACGCAGUAUUGAUUACGGAUUCUGCCUCGACGGCCGGGAGGAAACGUCACAUUCCCUUUUCUCGGACUGAGCGAACACCGACGCCGUUUCGGGUCGAAGCUUCAGAUUGUCGGCUGGAAAAGUGAAAUUAUGGAAACAUUCUCCUCUUUCAAAGAUUUUAUCUCAGAAGUGCAAAAAUGUCCUCGAUGUUGAGAGAAAUGUACAGACUGAGGGAGAAACUAAGAACACCCCUUGAUUUAAUAUCAGCUCAACGUCGAUUCGACCUUCUGCAAAAUCCUGUCUCCCCUUCGUUCUCGUCAGCUAGUGGGUUUUCAACGCAGGUUCAGGAUGUGUUGGUAUAUAAGCUAAUUAAUUCAGGGCCAUUUGGAAUUGUGCACAACUUUUAUGGAGUUCAAUUGGAGCCAAAAAAUUUAAAAAAUAUAUAUUUUUAAAGUUUUUAAUAGGAAAAAAAUAUUGGAAAAAGAUUUGAGAGGGUACAAAAAAGUUAAAAAAUAUGGAACUAAAAUAAUGCAGAUGCUUCUAUGGAGCUAAAGUGUGAGGCUUAAAGUUUUAAUGGAAAUAAAAAAUUGAAGCUGAAAAAAUAGUUUUGAAACUGGAAAGAAGAUCUAAAACUGAAAACUAUUUUUUUUUAACGGCAAAAAAAGAUUUGAGAGCAAAUAGAGUUGGUCUGAUAUGGAGCUAAAAUGGUGCCGAGACACUUUUCGUUGAUGUGACAUUUGGAAUUCUAAUUUUUUCAAAUUAAAAUUAAAUGUUCAAUUUCAAAAAGAUUUUUAUUAAAAAUUAGUUUUCAGUACUAAAUCUUUUUUUUUAAUUUUUUAUUUAAUUUUGUUUAUUGUAAGAAUUUCAGUUAAAAAUUUAUUAUUUUUCAGUUUCAAAUCUUUUUUUUUUUUCAAUAAUUUUUUUUUUUUCAUUUUAUUCUGAUCAAAUUUUGCGCCAUACAACUUUGAACUUUUGUGAACAAAAACACCAAAACGAUAAAAGCUCCAGCAUCAUUUAGAGCAGCAAACGUUUUGUUGCUUUUUUGCAGUAAAUAUUUGGUUUUGGCCCCAGAAUCAGGAGAAAACUCGGUAAAUGUUUCCUGUACGGCGAACUGAACGUGUCUGAACAGCUUCUUUUGUUAAAAAUGUCAUUUUAAGGCCAGUAUGGGUUCAUUAUUACUGCAGAAAUAUAUAGUUUUUAGUAUUUCUUUGAAGACACAGCAUGGAAAAAUUUGAUAAAAUUACAGAUUUAAUCACACCAAAGAGAAGAAAUAUUAAACAUGCACAAAGAUUAUUUUUUCAUAUUUGUUCCUUCUGAGAAUAACCAUUAUUUUAAAGUAUAUUUUUGAUUUAUUUAAUCUCCUUUAGCUUGUUUUUUGAGUGUAGAUCAGACGUUUUCAGUUGAAGAUGAUGAAGAUUGCACUUCUCCUCCGUCGACGGCGCGCUUUCCACUGGAUCCAUCGGAUCCGUAACGCUGGAACGUUUCAGCUGCUGUAAAUAAUUUUGUACAUCCAGCCAGUUUUCCGAGUGAACAUGCCAGAGAAUGCCUGCAUGAUUUGUCUAGGCCGUAUUUCUGUAAAUUCAAAAGCGCGGAGCCAGAGGGCGACGCCCGUCUCCGCCCGCCCCUUGGACCUAUCAACAUGGCCGUGGCCUCUCCAUUGUGCCUGCCCGAGAGCGCGAAGCUCUCACCUUUCAACAGAGCCGCCGCCGGUUGUUUGUUCAUCGAAUGUCUCCACUUCCUGUCUUUGACCGGGCUGUGAGGUCACCGCUGGGUUUCAGAUGACGAGGCGCCGGCGGCACCAGAUGGAGGGCAGGAAGUGAACGCAGCCCAGUUAUUUCUGUUGGUCAGCAUCAAGAUGUCUAAAGUCUGAGUCCUGUGCAGUUGUUCCAACCGUCCUAAUGGAGAGGAUUAUGUUCGUGCUUCAAAGGUAAUUGGUCACAACAAGGGAGUUGGGUUUAAAAACCAGCAUGGAGGUUUCUGCAGAUCGGGGCGAAUCGUUGACCUGCACCGAUUUGCAACGUCUCCACAUUGACAUGCAACUCCAGCAAUGAUUUGGGUUAACAGAACCAAAUACGGAUCGUGUUUCUCCGAGACGCCUCGUCUGCUCCAGCCCGUUUAGGGCUUUAGCGACUCGCUGUGAUCCAUUUGAUCGGAACCAGAUAAAAUCUCUUCCGGACCUCCAUCUGAAUUCUGCGGGUCGCGUGUCUGAAACCCAGCAACAGAAAUACUACAAAUGUUUUGUUUGUGACAAAAGAAAAGAAAGUACCUCCUCAUUCAACCCGACCUGUUGUUUUGGUGCUGAUCAGUUUCUGCAUGGAGGGAUGAAGGGUGCACUUACUUUUUUAUUCUUGCUUCAUGGAAUAAAAACUGUUUAGGAUCUGUCUUGCAUGUUUUUUUCCCUUUCUUACAAAAACACAAAAUCUUACCAAGUAAUUUUUGGUCUAAUUCAAGAAUGUCCAAAGUGUGGCGCGUGGGCCGUAUGUGGCCCCUUCUACUGACUCUGUGUGGCCCCCCAACCACAAAUCAAAUGCUGGCCAAAAAUUUGGUUUGUUUUUAAUUUUUGCAAAAUGAUGAAAACAUCUGAUGUAAUGACUUUAACUAGGCACCAAAAGUAAUCAGGAAGUGACUUUGAUGCCUUUAAACAGGCAAACGUGCAAAAUCCAUUUAAAUGUUUAACUAGAGCUAAUGUUGUUAGCUCCAGCUAAUGGCAUUCAUGCCUGCCAAUCGUGUUAACGCCUGCUAACGGUGUUAGCAGGCAUUAAUGUUGUUAGCUCUAGCUAUUGGUGUUAGCUCCUGUUAAUGUUGUUAGCUCUAGCUAAUGGUGUUAGCUCCUGUUAAUGUUGUUAGCUCUAGCUAUUGGUGUUAGCUCCUGUUAAUGUUGUUAGCUCUAGCUAAUGGUGUUAGCUCCUGUUAAUGUUGUUAGCUCUAGCUAAUGGUGUUAGCUCCUGUUAAUUGUGAACUAGAAACUAAAAGGUAAAAUUUAUUUAUUUUUCCAUCUUGGCUGUUUUUGUGUCUGCUAAUGGAAUUUUGAUAUAAACGUCGUUGACGGUCCUGUUAGCGUUGGAAUGUGUCGGUCUCUGCAGUGAACUCAUGAACUGCGGUGAAGCCAAAGCGUUUUGGCAACAUGUUGCGAGUUUCUCUGUAUUUAUGUGAAUCGUUUUCGUUUGUUUGACGUCUCAGUGAUUCUUCUGUGAACCACUGAGGACGACGUCUGCAGUCCGUACUGUAACUAACUCUGAUUGACUCCACUGCUGUUUGAAUGUUUGGUUUUUAUUCCUUGGAUGUGAAGAACAUGCAUAUAUAUAUAUACAUAUAUCUAUAUUUACAUGUCAAUGUUUCUCUUUUUAAUAUGUGGGUGAACUAGACAAUGUUGCUCUCUUGUGUGUAUCUGCAAACUAAACCAGUUUAGUGCAGCACAGCCUGAGUUUGUUGUUUCUUUAUUGGCAUUUCCUGAAAAGACAAAGAGCUUCUGGCAGCGCGAGCAGCGGCUCAGUCAGGAAGUUUCUUUUAGACGCGAGACGCUUUAAAGAGGCUGCAGACGUUAAACGAGUGUGAUGUGAUUUAUGUUUCCUCAGACAACGCAGAGAAAUGAUGCUAAAUAUGUGCAGAUGACACAAAGACUCACUGAGGAAGCAAAGCCAAUAAAACGGUUUCAUUAACAAUUUCA